GUCUCGGAAACUGAAAGGCUUUCAUAUGUGGGGAAUAACUUCGGCAGCGGAGUUAUGAAAUGUAACUCCCUAUGCAGGCAUUUUGUUGGUGUGUUAGACAAGGACUCUGGGCAAAUGGAAGUCUAUAAUGCUGAAAUAUUCAACAUGCAGCCCUUGUUGUCAGAUAACUUAAUACCUGAUGACACGAAGGAUUAUCAGAAUAAAUCCUACAGGGAGAAGAUGGAUUUGUGCAUUGAGGCCUUUGGUACCAGCAAGCAGAAGCGAGCUCUGAACUCUCGGCGAAUGAACGCAGUGGGCAAUGAUAUUCUGAAUACUGCUGUGACAAAAGCAGCAGCAAACAUUAUAGAUGCAAAGGGAGUAACAGGUUUGAUCCAGGAUGUGGCCCAAGAUGACGUACAGAACAUCUCCGUCUUCCUCCCACCGUGUAAUGAAGAUGCUGACAAACCAGAAAAUGUUUACAAGUUUGAGGACAUUCUGUCCUCAGCAGAGUAUGAAGCGUUGCGGGUUCCAGCAGCAGUCUUUGUUAACAUCACUCCAGAAGAAAUCACCAAGAAGACAGAAGAUAAAAGCCAUUGCUCCUUUGUUUUAGAGGAGCUGAAGUUCCUGCCUGCUGAUGAGAAGAGCAGAGAUCACAAAGCCCGAUGCCUCUGGUUCCUAGACACCCUUAUUAAGUUCAGCUACCUGAAAGUGAUCAAGAAAAAGCAUCCAAUGGGUCCUGAAUGCCCACACGUUAUUAGCAGGAAACUCAUGAAGAAUUUCACUUCACUGACCUACAACAAUGGCAGUGUCCAGAAUUUAAUCUCUGCAUCAAUGAAGGCUAAAAUCACAGCAUAUGUUAUUGCACUGGCUCUGCAUAUUAACAACUUCCAAACAGACCUCACCAUCCUGCAGAAUGACAUGAAGCUCCAAGAAAGCAGGAUGAUGGACAUCGCAAAGGCUAUGCGGUUGAAGGUCUCCAAGGCAAAGGGGCUGCCUGGACUUGAGAAUGAUGAGAACCACAAGCUGGGCACUCUGUCUCUUCCCUUGCCUGUGCAGAAGGCAUCAGGGAACCAACGGAAGCGCAAGAAAAUGAACUAAAACGUCUGAGCAGGGGCGAAACAGUUCCUUUCUCAGCUGCUGUUCUGUGCACAGAGCAUCAUGGGGAUACUUUUGCCUGUU